UGCCUUCUCCUAGUGCCUUGCUGGUGGACAACCCCACGUCCUUCGGAAACGCGAAGGAGGUGGUCGCAAUCAAAGACUACUGUCCGACCAACUUCACCACUCUGAAGUUCUCCAAGGGGGACCACCUCUACGUCUUGGACACAUCAGGAGGGGAGUGGUGGUACGCCCACAACACCACGGAAAUGGGCUACAUCCCUUCCUCCUACGUCCAGCCCCUCGGCUACCGCAACUCCUCCCUGUCGGACAGCGGGGUGAUUGACCACCUACUGGAGAGCCCUGACGAGGGGGUCAAGGAGCUGGACCUGCUCGGGGAGUGGGCUGAUGUGAAGAGGAACUCCUCAAAUGCCUACAACAACAACCCGUUCCUCAACGGAGUCCAGACCAACCCCUUCCUCAACGGGAGUUUGCAGCCGGUGCCCAGCUCGGACCAAGAGUCCAAGUCCACCGUUGACUUGCUGCUCUUCGACACGGGGGCUCCUGCUUCAGCUCUCUCCAGUUCCGCCGCCAAUAGCAGCCUGGGGAACAUUUUUGAUGAGUUUCCAUCCACGACCAGGCUGGAUCUGGAACCCCCUGUGAGAAGGGACAACCCCUUCUUCAGAAGUAAACGUUCCUACAGUUUGUCUGAGCUGUCUGUUCUUCAGGCCAAGUCGGACGCCCCGGCGCCCUCGGGUUUCUUCAGCGGUUUGAAGUCUCCCACCCCUGAGCAGUUCCAGAGCCGGGAGGAUUUUAGGACAGCGUGGCUGAACCACAGGAAGCUGGCUCGGUCUUGCCACGAUUUGGAUUUGCUGGGUCAAAAUCCUGGCUGGGGUCAGACGCAGCCGGUGGAGACCAACAUCGUCUGCAAGCUGGAUAGCUCCGGCGGGGCCGUUCAGCUUCCGGACACCAACAUCAGCAUCCACGUGCCCGAGGGCCACGUGUGCCCCGGGGAGACGCAGCAGAUCUCCAUGAAAGCCAUGCUGGACCCCCCGCUGGAGCUCAACAGCGACAAGUGCAGCACCAUCAGCCCGGUCCUGCAGAUCAAGCUCAGCAACAUGGAGGUGAAAACCUCCAUCACGCUGGAGAUGAAGGUGUCGGCAGAGGUGAAGAACGACGUCGUGAGCCAGAGCCUGGUGGGGCUGCAGUGCCUGCGGAGCGACGUGAAGGAGGGGCCCUACGUGCCCGUGCAGCCCAGCUGCUCCUGCGGGGACACCCUCCAGGUGAGGCUGGAGAACCUGGAGCCCUGCAUGUACGUCGCCGCCGUGGCCCAGGGGCAGAACAUCCUCUACCCCUACACCGUGUGGGAUUACAUCAGCAAGAAGAUCACGGUGGGCGUCUACGGCCCCAAACACAUCCACCCUUCCUUCAAAACCGUGGUGGCCGUGUUCGGGCACGAGUGUGCCCCCAAGACCCUCCUGGUGAGCGAGGUCACCAGGCAGUCCCACAGCCCUGCUCCCGUCGCCCUCCAGCUCUGGGGCAAGCACCAGUUUGCCCUGUCCCGCCCUCAGGACCUCAAGCUCUGCAUGUUCUCCAACAUGACCAACUACGAGGUGAAAGCCAGCGAGCAGGCCAAGGUGGUGAGGGGCUUCCAGAUGAAGCUGGGCAAGGUGAGCCGCCUCAUCUUCCCCAUUGCCUCCCACGACCCCAACGAGCUGUCGGACUUCACGCUGCGGGUGCAGGUGAAGGAUGACAGGGAUGCCAUCCUCACCCAGUUCUGCGUCCAGACGCCACAGCCACCUCCAAAAAGCGCCAUCAAACCCACGGGGCAGAGGAGGUUCCUCAAGAAGAACGAGGUGGGGAAGAUCAUCCUCUCCCCUCUGGCCGCCACCGCCAAGUACCCGGUUUUUCAGGACAGGCCAGUGCUGAGCUUGAAGUAUGGCAAGCUGCUGAAGACGGUGGUGAGGCAGUGCAAGAACCACUACUUGCUGGAGUACAAGAAAGGAGAUGUCAUAGCCCUCCUCAGUGAGGAGAAGAUCAGGUUGAAAGGGCAGCUGUGGACCAAGGAGUGGUACAUUGGCUACUACCAGGGCAAAAUCGGCCUCGUACACACCAAAAACGUGCUGGUGGUUGGGAAGGUCAAGCCCAGCUACUUCUCCGGGCCGGAUCUCACCACCAGCCUGUUGCUGGAGCAGAUCCUGAGGCCCUGCAAGUUCCUGACCUACAUCUACGCCUCGGUGAGGACUCUGCUCAUGGAGAACCUCAGCAGCUGGCGGUCCUUCGCCGACGCUCUGGGCUACCUGAACUUGCCACUCACCUUCUUCUGCCGGGCGGAGCUGGACAGCGAGCCCGAGCGAGUGGCCUCUGUCCUGGAGAAGCUGAAGGAAGACUGCAACAACACCGAGAGCAAGGAGAGGAAGUCCUUCCAGAAGGAGCUGAUGACGGCCCUGCUGAAGAUGGACUGCCAGGGCCUGGUGGUGCGGCUCCUCCAGGACUUCGUGCUGCUGACCACGGCGGUGGAGGUGGCCCAGCGCUGGCGGGAGCUGGCCGAGCGGCUGGCCAAGGUCUCCAGGCAGCAGAUGGAGGCCUACGAGGCCCCGCACCGCGACAAGGCCGGCACGGUGGACAGCGAG